AGUUUAAGUUUUGUUGACGGAAGGCAAACAUGGCACAAAAGCUACUCUUCUGCGUUUUAUUUUCUGUUCUAUUUUCUUGUGCAUUUGUUGCAUGUCAAAUAACAAACAUUGAGUGCAAUCAAACCAAUCACGGAAGACAUUAUCCUAGUGGCGUUAAUUGCUCAACAUUCUACACAUGCUUUAAUAGAAACUUCCAUCUUCAAAGCUGUCCCUAUCCAUUUUGGUUUAGCAACUCAAUGCAAUCUUGUGUGGUUCAAGAUAUGUCAGAUUGCGAUUUAGGACCUGAGAAUGUUGUCUGCAACACCGCAAAUCAUGGAAGACAUUUCCCAACAACAUACAAUUGUUCGUCAUACUAUACAUGCUUCGAUGGCAUAUUUUACCUUCAAAAUUGCCCAGAUAGCUUCUUCUUUAUUGAUGAGCAUCAGUCAUGCAUGUAUGUGACUGAUCAUAUUUGCAAUAUUCCCCCAGAUCAAAUCACUCCACCCACGCCAACUACAACAACAACACCAAUCCCAAUUCCAACAGAAUGCCCAGCAUCAGGAGUGUCUAAAAUGCCAAAUGCAUAUUCCUGCACCAACUACUUCCUUUGCUUUGCUGGAAAUAAAAUACCACAAUCAUGUAGCAAUGGAUUACACUUCUCAAGAUCACAGCUUAAAUGUGUGCGACCAGAACAGUCUGACUGUGUAUUACCAACUACAUGCCCAUCUGGAAAUGAUCCACUUAACAUUAUCUUCUUACCUGACAGAAACAACUGUCAAAAAUAUUUCAUUUGUUUUAAUGGAAAUCCUCAACCAUUCGAUUGUGGAGCAACUUUACAUUGGGAUCCAAAUACAAACAAGUGCAUUCGAGAAGAGGAUUCACAAUGUGAGCCAGACAUAGUUCUUCCGGAUAUUCGAGAAAUCGAUUGUCCUGAAACUAGCUUAACUAGAUUACAAUUCAUAGCACAUCCAGUAAAUUGUGAAUUUUAUUUUAUUUGUCACAAUAACAGGUCGCAUUUAGCAAGAUGUGCUCAAAAUCUUCACUUUGAUCAUAUUAUGGGCGAGUGCUUUUUCAAAGAAGCUGCCAGAUGUAUUACUGGAUAGAUUUAGUAUAGAAUUAAUGGAAAUUGUUAUCAGGAAUUAGAGAUUAAGGAUGGAACUAAAUGACAAUAAUAAAUAACCGUUAUGAAAAAAAAUUGUAGGAAUUUUUUG